CCCAGCUGCCGGUGGCGAUGGGAGCAAUCAGGGUUGAAUCCGGACCAGGUGCGUUCUCCCCGCAGCCGGCAUGAAGCUGGACCCGGCCCCGCCCGGCCGCCGCCAGCCCUUCUGGGAGCUGCUGCAGGUGGCCCGGAGCUGCCGGACCAGGAGGCGUUAGCCUUACACCGAAGAGGAGGUGGCGUGUCGGAGGCCCCCCUGAAAACUGCGCUCGGAGCCCCGCUCGUUCGCUGCCAAGAGGCAUCACCUUUGUCCUCGAUCAGGGAUAACAGCGAAAUGAAAACUGUAAGAUAUGAACAUAGUCUGGAAUCAGAACAAACUCAGGGAUCUCAAAAAACUGAGGGACCUACUGUUACAAUUGAUGACGGUACAGAGGAAGAAACUGAUGAACCAGAGUCACUUACUUACAAGGUUAAGAAAAAGAUCUCUCCCUUUGUGAUGUCCUUUGGAUUCAGACUCUUCGGUGUAGUGCUUAUUUUUGUGGACCUUGUACUUGUGGUUCUGUCUCUGUUGGUGGAUGACAAAUACCCUUCUCUGGAACGCACCAUUGGGAACAUCUCUCUGGCUAUUGCACUCUUCUUCUUCCUGGAUGUCCUCCUGCGAGUGUUUGUUGAAGGCUUCCGAAAGUACUUUGAGUCCAGCCUAAAUAUUCUAGAUGCUAUCAUUAUUGUGGGCACACUUUCGAUCAAUAUUGUGUAUGCCUUUUCUAAUCUGAGUGGACUAAGCCAGAUUCCAAGAACAGUGAUUAUGUUCCGAAUCCUGAGGAUUGUAAUUCUGAUAAGAGUAUUUCGAUUGGCUUCUGAAAAGGAACGUCUUGAAAAAGUAACACGGAGAAUGGUGUCAGAAAAUAAAAGGCGCUACACGAAAGAUGGUUUUGACUUGGAUCUCACUUAUGUCACUGCUCGUGUUAUAGCAAUGUCAUUUCCAUCAUCGGGACAGCAGGCUUUCUACAGGAAUCCUAUAAAGGAAGUAGCAAAGUUCUUGGAUACAAAACAUGGAGACCACUACAAAGUCUACAAUCUGUGCAGUGAACAGGGCUAUGACCCCAUGUUUUUCCAUUACAGGGUGGAGCGGAUAUUUAUUGAUGACCAUAAUGUUCCUACUCUAGAGGAGAUGCUCAAGUUUACUGCUAGCGUACGGAAAUGGAUGGAACAAGAUGAGAAAAAUGUCAUAGCAAUACAUUGCAAAGGAGGGAAGGGUCGAACCGGGACGAUGAUUUGCACCUGGCUUAUUCACAGCAGCCAGUUUCAGAGUGCCCAGGAAAGUUUGAACUACUUUGGUGAACGAAGAACUGAUACAAGUACAAGCUCCAAGUUCCAGGGUGUUGAAACUCCAUCCCAGAGCAGAUACGUUGGGUAUUAUGCAACCCUGAAAUUCAAGUACAACCUGAACCUCCCACCAGUGAGACCGCUCAGAAUCAAAAGCAUAAAGCUCUAUGCUAUCCAUGGGGUUGGGAAAGGCAACGGAAGUGAUUUGAGAGUGAAGAUAAUCAUGGAAAAGAAAGUGAUUUUUCACUGCAUUUGUGCAACCCAAGAGAACUGCAAGCUGUUCUUUGAUGGGGAAAAUGACUGGGUCGUGAUUGGUUUUGAAAACUGUCCUAUCGUUAGGAAUGAUGUGAAAGUCAGAUUUGAAACUUCUUCUGAUAUUCCAAAGGGCUACGAUGACUGUCCUUUCUUUUUUUGGUUCCACACUGCCUUCAUUGAGGACAACAGACUGUACAUUCCUAGAAAUGAAGUUGAUAACCUACACAAGCCAAGGAUGUGGAAGAUUUUCAGAGAAAAGUUUGCUGUGGAGCUGAACUUCACUGAGCCCUAACCAGGAGUGAGCAGUGACCCUUCUUAAAUGGAGUUAUUUCCUAUUCUUUUUCCUCCCAGAAUCAUGUUGUUUAUCACUACCAUGGCAGCGCCCAUCAGAACAUCUUCCUCCCCCCAUGUGCACAGCUAAAAGCAUCUCUGAAAUGAAUGCAACAUUGGAGAGUUUGCCUCCUUGUGUGGACAUGCUUAGGUGAUGAUUAAAAUAAUUACUUUUGCCGACUA